AUGUCAGCAUUUCAAAAAAUCCCUCCAGAGGUCCUAACCAAGAUUGUUGAGAUUCUUCGCGAAAGCUAUUCGCCCUUCAAACUUGAUAAGAGUGUAUAUAGCCUUGCAGUAACAUGCAGACGUCUUUACAUAAUAUGCGAACCCCUUCUCUACUCCCGAUUCAGCAACAAAAGCAAAUUCAAAUCCAUUCGCAAACUGAGCAGAUUUAUUCGAAUGCUCAUAUUGCGACCAGAUCGGUGGUCUGAUUUCAAAUUUAUUUCGAUAAGGUGGGGUUACGGAAUCUCUCGUCUUUCCUUGAGUAGAGAUCAACACAUGGAGCUCGCGGAUGUUCCAUUCUUGAAAACUGCAAUAGAUGGGCUGCCAGACGAGCUUCUCAAGUUACAAAACCGAACAAAUGGCAAUACUGGAGGAGUAGAGACAUAUGUGGCAGAUCUCAUAAAAACGUUCAAACGACUAUUAGACGUGAAAUUUGCUCUGACUUACCCUGAGUUAAUGAUAUCCAUACUCACUAUCCUGAGCCCCUACAUAAGAAAGCUCCAGGUUAAGAUGAAUUCUUCAGAUGCAAAUGCUCCAAAUCGUCAUUGGCGGGCGCAAAUCUUCAGAGUGGUAAGCCCUCUCAAAUUUAUCAAACUUGAAGAACUCCACUACGUUGCUGUAACUUUCCGCGAAUCAGAUCCGAGAAGAGUCAUCUACACAAGCAUGAAUGCACAACUGCUCGAUAGCUUUAUGAAAAUACCUGCCCUCAAGAAAUUGAAGGUCGAUGGCUUUGCAUUCCAAUCAGAGUCGCUCUCUCGUGAGGUCACGAACCUGGGAUCAUGCGAGGCAGAAUCUCUAGAUCUCAUGUAUAAUUUCGAAGUCAAUUUCAUGAAUUGGACAAUGUUUUUUUCCAUAUUCUUAAAGCUAAAGCAUUUCUCAUACGAUGGAAAUUCGAAAGACAUGUUCCGCGACGGAAGGCGUGUUGAUUAUUUCGUCGUUCCUGGAUUUCUUCGCAGACUUAUGAGAGGCAUCUCUGUGCAUGGCGAUAGCUUGGAGUCUCUAUCUUUGAUGGGGAUCCGCAGGUCAGUCUCUGAAGAUACGCACAUCGAGUUAUUGAAUACUACUGUCUUUACAAAAUUCUCCUGUUUAAAACACUUGAAGAUGCAGCUGGAUCUGUUGAUAGGUUUUGAGGGCUGCUCGGAGGGUUCCCUUUUACACGAAUUUCUGCCAAACUCUUUAGAGACUCUGGAAUUGUGGUCUCAAGAUAGACUUGAGUGCGGGACUCUCACCGGGAACUUAUUAGGGCUGAAGAGACAUAAAGAAUCCGAUCCAAGUUUUGCGUUGAGAGAGGUCAAGUUUGUAUAUGUGAUCGAGAUCUUUCAGGUUGAGGAGACUUGGAAAAUUGAGAUGAUCAAGAACUUUGGGGAGAAUGGGAUUCAUUUGGUGUUUGUUGGUCUGCCAAUUGAAGAUGCUUGGUGGGUCCAUCAAUUCUAA